AGUCCACGUUAAUGUUGAAGGUUAGUUCUAGCUAGAGCUGUACGUAAUGUUGAUCAUCGUAUUCCUUUUGGUCUUUCUGGAGGCUUUGGAAGCAAAAGUUUUAUCUGUGACCACGUCGAUUCCAAGAGAUGCAAAAAACCCUAAGGUGAGAUUGUAUGCAAAAGAGUUGACGAUGGAUUGUUACGAAAUAAAAAAAGAAAGUUCCUAUUCCGACCAGUAUGGAGUGAAGAUAUACUCCUCUAGAGACAUUGUCUGGAUCAAUCUGGACAGUUGUCACGACGUACACACCCUCAAGGUCAACGUCCAAGGUGACUCGUUUGAAGUGCUGCUACCUACUGACAGAUGGACAUACUACGAACACUCGGUUUGCAAAGGGAGUAGUUUUGAUAAGAGCCAACUCUUCAAAACACGCUGGACUUUACGAAAACCGAAGACGUCGCAUUAUGACCAGGAAGACAGUGAUCAAAUUAAAAUCCAUCAUGGAGAUCAUCAUGAUAAAAAUUAUCGACACAAAUCCACAGUUGAAGAUGUCACUACACUAAUACCACGGCUGCGGGACUUCGGAAAGCACAUCAAGAUAUCCGCAUAUUACAAGGAAUAUACAUUGAAAUGUUUCAAACUAGAUGAGGAGGAAAGGAGAAUCGUAGACCCGGAUACAAAGUAUGCUACGGCGUUGUACAGCACGUUCACAGACUCAGGCAAAAUACCCUUUGCAAUACUCUUCAUGACCACAUGUGACAAAAUGGACAGAAACGACAUAAACAUUCAGGAUACCGCAUUGGAGGUCAGGCUGCGGACAGAAAAAUGGGCUUAUUUUACAAGGGAGUUGAUUACAGAUCCAUUACAAUUUAAGGGUGACGAGUUUUUUAAAAGUAAAGUUUCAAAAUCAGUAUGGACUCUAAGCCAGAAUUCUGAGUAUAAGACGAAUUCUGAGGGACCAUCGCAUUCUACUAGAGUAGAAGAGGUGUUCACGUACCCAACAUUUCUGAUAGCAUCAUUAAAGAGAAAAAAUGAAAUAACCGCAUACAGCCAAGGCUAUGUCAUGAGUUGUUUUAAAAUGGAUAAAAAAAUAAAGUUCACCAUAGAACUGCCCACAAUGAAAUUCACCAAGAAGGCGCGUUAUGUAGCGUUGAUUCAUUUUGAAAAGGAUACCUCCAACACUCACCAGAAAAUAUAUAUGAUAAUGGCGGACUGUGAUAAUGCAGAUAGAAACAUAAUAAAUAUGAAAGCAAAUGAGUUAGAAGUCAAACUAUCCAAUGGCAACUGGGUAUACUUCGAAGGUUCUGUGCGUAAAGGAGUUGUCCAACAGAGUAGACUGUCUAGAACCGACUGGACACUGCAAAAACAAGGUCGAUAUAAACCAUGAGAAAACUAUGCAGGACUCUUCCAAAAACGAUGUUAACAAGAAACCUCAUAGUAUGUCAUAAAUAAAAAAAACAGAAAAUGGUAUUUGUCAUAAAUAAAAGUGAGUUUCUUGGACCUUUA